AUAAUUACUUUAGACUAGUAGGUAAAUAAUAUAAUAAUGUCCCAAUCAGAAAUACGUAAAGAAAACAUUUCCAUCAAUCGUUGGGAAUAUUAAAACAUUUGAUUUUUGGAUCAAUUGAUUUUCUUAUAAUUUUUUGUCCUACUACAUUUUACGUCACUAUCACUGACUGAGGAACAUCACGUGGGGCACAAAGCUCGCUUCAGCCUUUUUUUUAGCCAAUUCGUGCAGAGCUGUACUGGGGAGUCGCAGCUCAGAAACUGUAGCGCUUAACUGCAGAAAUCAGCUUUGUUUCGUACAGAGGGUAACGCCCACCCUGCCCCCUUCCCCUCUUUCUUUUUUUUUUUCAAAAGUAAGAACCUGAAACAAACAAAAAAAAAAUACUUAUAUAUUAUCUCAGGUAAGUCUCACACUUCAAAAUAGCUUCGUUUUUGCCAUUGUUUUGUUCCAGCGUAACAAUGCCUUUGUUUCUAACUACGUUUUUAUUUCGUUCAAACAACAGUAGGUUAUUUGCUUAGCGCUCGUUUAAAUUAAAUCUCUUUAUAUAUACUUUUUUUUUUUUAAUGUUGAUUGACCACAGCGAUUUAAAUGGAUACAUCUGUAGCGUUACUCCAUGAAUGUUUCCAGUAAGUUGACGGCUGGCAAUUUAUUUUUCCAAGUCCUGCGGGCGUUUGGAGUUAUGAGUUAAACAUCUGAAAGGGAGAAAAAUGAGAAGUCCCUACAAUAAUGGAUGUUCAAGCUUACUCGCUUUGGGAUCCCGUCUGAGCCCUGAAAAUAAACAACUUCGCAAAUAAUGCACGUGGAGAGUACACAUGUUUUAGGAAUCUGGAGAGUUAAAGCCUGGCAGACUACACUUUCCAGCGCAAGCUUCACCGCAAGAACAUUGAGCAGCUGUUUCUUCUUACAGGGCAGAGGACGGCAUCAUGAUAGCAACUGGGGGUGUAAUAACAGGUCUGGCAGCCUUAAAGAGGCAGGACUCGGCCAGAUCCCAGCACCGUCUGCCUUUGCCUACACCACCUUCUCCCCAAGAGAAAAAGAGAGCGAAGCGGAAGCCCCGGGCAGACGUGGUGGUUGUUAGGGGCAAGAUCAGAUUAAACUCCCCUUCUGGGUUUUUUCUUAUUCUUGGGAUAUUGAUCUCAAUGAUCGGGAUUGCAAUGGCGGUGCUUGGUUACUGGCCUCAAAAGGAGCAUGACCUAACAGCAGAAUCCAAACUAUCAACUAACGACACACAGGUUACACGGGACCAUGGCGGGAUGGUAGCUCAGUUUUUUGAGCAGCACUUGCAUUCUGAAAAAAUGAAAAUGCUGGGACCUUUCACCAUGGGCAUCGGCAUCUUUAUUUUUAUUUGUGCUAAUGCCAUACUACACGAGAACAGAGACAAGGAAACCAAAGUGAUACACAUGAGAGAUAUCUACUCCACUGUUAUUGACAUACACAGCUUGAGGAUCAAAGAACAGAAGUACAUGAAUGGGGCCUACAGUGGUCCAGUUGGGGAAUCUGAGGUGAAAAUGUAUGAGAACCAAUGUGCUUCAAAGUUAGCUGCUAAUACUCUGUUGACUUUCUCUGGCCUUGGUAAUGAUGCCAGGGUGACACAGCAAGAGAGCUCUAUUGAGGAUUAUGGUUUAGCUAAUGAAGCCAAGGGGCACUCAUGCCUCCUACUUCCAAUACGCAAAGAAGGAUCUGGUUCUGUCUUUCACCUCCAGACAGAAAUUAACAGGUUAAAAGAUGACAAAAAUAUUAGCUCUAAAAAAUGUGAAACCAAGUCUAUUGUCUCAUCUUCAAUUAGCGCUUUCACACUUCCUGUAAUUAAACUAAAUAACUGUGUGAUUGAUGAGCCUGAUAUAGAUAACAUAACAGAGGACUCUGAGUUAAGCAGAGGUAAAUCUCGACAGCCUUCUAUGGAUUCCCUAGCAGUUCCUUCAAUGGAUAUCAGUGAAACAUACAAACCUCCCAACCCUCUGCUUCUAAGGAGCAACUCAGCUACAGAGUCCCCAACCUUCUCAUCCCAAUCCUCCCUCUCUCCAGGAUCAGCCAGUGGGAGAUACUUAUCUCCUGGAGUUGCCCGGAAAGAUUUUGGGUCCAAUACUUCUCUCCACAUGCUGUCUGCCCAUUCCAAAUCCUUAGAUUUAGAUAGAGGACCUUCCAUGUUAACUGUUAAGCCUGAACAAAGGAAACAUCCAAGCUGGCCAAGGCUGGACCGCAGCAACAGCAAAGGCUACACAAAACUCGAGGAUAAUGAGGAUCCAAUGGACAGAUUGCUGGUCCCACAGGCAUCUAACAAAAGGGAUUAUACUAAAAAGGAAAAACUGCUUAUGAUCUCAAGGUCUCACAAUAACCUGAGCUUUGAACAUGAUGAAUUUAUGAGCAACACCUUAAAGCGAGGAACAUCAGAAACAAGGUUCUAAAUGCAUCUUUUUUUUUUUUUU